GGCACAUGCCGCUGCCCCACUUGGCAGGGUGAGGAGCGUGGGUUAUUCUUGUUCUAGCCCACGUCCAAUGGGAGAGGCGCGCUCGGGGCCAACGGGGACCCACAUCCUUGCCCUGCUUCGGGCGGUGGGGAGCCCUGCCCAGGACCAGCCUCGCCUUUUCUCUCCAAUGCACAUGCCACCACACACGCACACGCACACAUAUGCACGCACACGCAUACACACACAUGCGCACGCACGCACCAUGUGGCUUCCUACCGCCCACGCUGUUGGUUGGCAUGGCGGACUUGGGCACAUGUCGCUUGGAUCACAGCCUUCUCUCCUGCGCUCCACAGGCUGACGCGGGAUGUCAGGCAGGUCCCGGAGGCCCCAUGUCAAAUGGUGCUUGGAUUGUGGACUCGAGCCCUCCCGCACGCCUCCUCUCCACCCGGCCGUGCUGUGGGCCUGGCCCCGAGCGGCGCCCGGUCCUGGGAGAAGCCCCGCGUUUCCACGCGCAGGCCAAGGCGCUCAUGAGCCCGCAGGACAUCCCCAAGUACGCCUGCCCGGACCUGGUCACGCGGCCCGGCUACUGGGCCAAGGCGCUGCCCGAGAACCUGGCGCUGCGCGACACGGUGCUGGCCUACUGGGUGGACCGCCACGGCCGCGUGUUCUACAGCGUCAACGACGGCGAGCCCGUGCUCUUCCACUGCGGCGUGGCCGUGGGCGGCCCGCUCUGGGCGCUCAUCGACGUGUACGGCAUCACCGACGAGGUCCAGCUCCUCGGCACCCUGCAGUCCAGCCCUGUGAUCCCGUCUCCGUCGGGGUCCCUCAGUGGCUCCCAGGACGAUAGCGAUUCCGAUAUGGCCUUCAGUGUCAACCAGUCCUCCUCGGCCUCCGAGUCCUCCCUGGUGACAGCCCCCAGCUCCCCGCUGAGCCCCCCGGUGUCCCCCGUGUUUCCCCCACCGGAACCGGCAGGCAGCAAGAACGGCGAGUGCACGGUGUGCUUCGAUGGCGAAGUGGACACGGUCAUCUACACGUGUGGACACAUGUGCCUGUGCACCAGCUGCGGCCUGCGGCUCAAGAGGCAGGCUCGGGCCUGCUGCCCCAUCUGCCGGCGGCCCAUCAAAGACGUCAUUAAGAUCUACAGGCCGUAGCCUGGCCCGCCAAUGGGCCUUGGCCAGAGCAAGGUCACCUUUCUGAAGCCCCUCUGGGCCGGGCAACCACCAUGACCACCAGGGAGCCCAAGGGCAGUGGCCAUCUCGUCUGUCACUCUCCGUGGUGGGCGAGGCAUGACAGUUGUGGAGACGAGGCCCUGGGGGUCUGAGCCAAGGCGAGGGUUGCUUCUGGCUCAAGAGUGCUUCGCCCCCAAAGGCCGACCCAAAAGCAAGCUCAGGAACUGCCUGGCAGACCGCCCGUCCCUCUGGUGACCUCUCGGCUGGGAAACGGCAUCCUCUGUGCAAUGCUUUUUGCUGGGGGUGGGUUGAGGUGUGUGCGUGCGUGUGGGGGCGGGGGGACUGAGCAGGGAGAGGGCAUGUGUGAGAGAAUGAGAGAGAACGCAUCGGUAUUUAUACAGGGAUCUUGGCUCCAGGAGACUAAGGAAUGUGCGACCUGGAGCCCAGACACUAGCGAGACUAGAAGUGGCUGGCUUUCUGGGGCUGUGACGUCUGCUGGUUUUGAAUGUGUGAAGCCUGCACCUGAACAGACUCCUCGGAUGGUAUGGAAAAGGGGCCGCAGACACCCUAGGAGCAGAGCAGGAAAGAAUAGCUCGCUGUUUACAGCCCCGAGCAGCAGCUCCUUGGGGGUCAGGUGGGCGGAGAACACAGAACAGUUUGCCUCUCUGGUUGCUAACCUGCCCUGGAGGGGCGCUGUGCUGGGCGCUGCAGCCACGUGAGGGCUCUGGGCAGGCCGCCCCGGAAGCCUUUUCCCCCCUUCGCCCCAGGCAGCCUGAUCAGAAGCACACUGCCCCAGCCCCUGCCCUUGCCCCUGCCCGCUUUGGGGCUUUUCCUGGGGAGGGGGAGAAGCCUA